AUGUCCGACUCAAGCAUGCUCCCAAUGGACAUAAACAGCGACAUUCCUGAGGAUCUCUUUCACAUUCUCCUCACCGUUGUGGACCUUAAAGGAGAUACUUCCGGCGGGACACGCUCUCACUUCGUCCUUGGCACUCGUGGCACACUUCGUGCUGCAAAAGCAUACAGCACCAUCGCUCUGCGCAGACUUGGCUUCCAUGACGAUGAUUUCGCCCAGUUCGAUGUACGACCGUCAGUUGAGCUCGAACAGUGGCCGCACGGUGAAGGUGUCAUCGCCUAUGGAUGUGCCGUGUCCGGCGAGGAGUUCCUUGUUAGCAUCGACACGACCCCUAACAUUGAGUCUCUCCGCCUUAAAAGCGGCCCUCACACGGGCUAUGGGGCCGAGGAUGAGGGCAUGCUCUGCCUGCCCGACGGCGCGCAGUUUCUGCACUACGUUGUCCAAACCACCAUUGACUACAACUCUGACCGGAGCGGUUCCGCUCAAACUGUCGAAAUAGAGGGUGCGUACGUGCACCGAGCCAGUGCAUGGACCGCUGCGCACCAGUGUCUCAGCGGUGAGCGGGAGAACUUUGUCGAGUAUGACUCCCGCGACGACGUCGAGUUUUUCGGCGAGUGGCCGUUUGACGAAGAUGUGGUGGUGCAUGCCGUAGCGGAGACAGGGCAGAAUUAUCUCAUCGCGGUUAAGGCGCCGCCGCGAUAG